AUGUUCCUCGAUGUGUGUCAUUUAGUUGCCAAGGUGAGUGACGAUCCGCCGUGCCGUCCGGUGUCCGUGUCCUCGUUUUCUAGGGCCGGCGGGUCGUCCGAUGCAUGCAAACGGGCUGAUCAAACACUCUCAACUAACAUUUUCGAGAAUCCAUUCGCUUUUGAGUCCUUCCCUUGUAAUCUGUCCACUGAAAAUAAAACGAUGACCAAAAUGCGCAGUGCGUGUCCGCUUUCUGACUGUCUCUCUUCUUGCAGGUCAUCUCAGUCGUCAACAUCUUCUUCGUAAUCAUCUCGAUCGUCUGUUUCUGUCUGAAGACGCAUCCCUCCUUUCGCAUCCCUGAUAUCGACAUUUCCACGUCGAUGGGCAAUGUGAGCAGUCCGACGCACGGUAUUCAGAUGAACACGAUCUACGUCGGAAAGAAUGCCACGAGGCAAGUGUCCCCCUUUCUCUUUCCAUUCAUUUCACUCUAUCUUCCAGGGCACACCCAUCCUUCUUCUACGUGGAGCUUCUCUCUAAUAUCUGGUUCUCAGGAGAGUUUCUCACUCGCAUGAUCUUCUGUCCGAACGUGGCAAUUUUUCUGAAAACUCCCGUCAAUAUCAUCGAUUUCAUCGCCACAGUCUCUUUCUACAUCGACUGGGCUCUCGACCGUGCCCUGUCCGGAUCCAACCGGGACUCGGUUGAGUUUUUCUCCAUCAUCAGAAUUCUCCGCCUCUUCAAACUUACCCAACACUCCACGGGUCUCAAGAUUCUGAUUCAAACUUUCAAGGCCUCCGCCCAGGAGCUGUUCCUUCUCGUAUUCUUCGUUCUUCUCGGUAUUGUCAUAUUCGCUGCACUGGUUUAUUACGCGGAGAGAGUGGAGCACAACGAAGAGAACCAGUUCUCGUCAAUUCCAGUCGGAUUAUGGUGGGCAGUCAUCACCAUCUGUACAAUUGGAUUCGGAGAUUUGGUGGGUUUUCCCGUCUCCCACACACUUAUUAGCAUUCCGUCUGUUCCAGGUUCCACAGACUUCGCUCGGUCGUCUCGUCGGCUCAGUCUGUGCUCUCAUGGGUGUGCUCACCAUUGCUCUUCCAGUCCCUGUCAUUGUUUCCAACUUUGCAAUGUUCUAUUCGCACGCUCAAGCAAGGUAACUUUCAGAGAAUCAAAAAGUCACUAUAUGCGUAUAUUGAGUAAUUGAAUCUUUUCGUAAUAUUAUAGCUGUUUUGGGCGCUUGUAAAUAUUUUUUUGUAUUCUUGUAAAAUGCAUCAUUUAUUCAGAUCAAAACUGCCGAAGAAAAGGCGAAGAGUUCUGCAACCCCACGAGAUCAAACCGGUGGUGGGACGGAGCACAACCGCAGUCAUGAUCAGUGCUCUCACUCAAAGAGGUCCGGUCGGAGGAGCCGGAGGAGGAGGAUCCAAUCCGUCCGACGGUCAGUCUUUCCUUCUGGUCUCUCGAGCUCCUUCUCUCGUUCCAGGCGGUCCUCUUACUGCCUUCUCGGUCACUCCACUGCUCGUCUGUCCUCCCGACGCCCCGAAACCUCGGAAGAUCAGCCAGAACAAGAACGGCGGAAGUGCUCCGGGGAUCCCUCAGAACAACGUCCCGAAAGCCAACAAACUCAUCUGA